CUCAGGGUCGUCUUUGGGCGUGUGACUGGCGGUUAUUUCGGUUCUGACGUAUUUCCAACUCAUCUGUUAGAACCUGUUCUUGCCAAGAUGAUGCAAUUUAUGAUCUUGUUUAGCCGCCAGGGGAAAUUAAGGCUCCAAAAGUGGUAUAUUUCCUAUUCUGAAAGAGAAAAGAAAAAAAUUUUACGCGAUCUCACUACAAUUGUGCUUUCACGAAAGCCAAAAAUGUGUUCAUUUAUUGAAUGGAAGGACUUGAAAGUUGUUUAUCGUCGUUAUGCUAGUUUAUACUUCUGUGCUGCAGUUGAACCCCAGGACAAUGAGCUAUUGACUUUGGAAAUAAUUCACAGAUAUGUGGAACUUUUAGAUAAGUAUUUUGGUAGCGUUUGUGAACUCGACAUUAUAUUCCAUUUUGAAAAGGCAUACUACGUAUUAGAUGAGUUUAUGUUAGGAGGAGAAGUUCAGGAGACUGGCAAAGAAAGCGCUUUAAACGACAUUGACAUGCAAGAUUUAAUUCAAGAGGAAGAGGCACCUCAAGGAUUUUUCGAAGAACAAGGAGGAGUGUAAAACCAAAGAAGAACAAGCUGAUAUAAGUGUGGUUGAUGUUUCUGGAUUUUAAAAUCAUUUCUGUUUCCUUCAGAGAUAAUAAAUGACUUGUGUAUACAUUUACUUUAAGAUUAGAGUAUGCGAUAUGUUUGUAAGUAAAUUGUGCAAAGUACUCAAAAAUUAUUUACUUCUUACAAACUUUUUGAUAAAAAUUUUCUCUGUUCACUUUUCUGUUGUUUUGCUUAAUUUUCAAAUGGAAAUUUUAACACCUCUCUCUCUCUCUCUCAACAAACAUGUAUACAUUUAAGUUAGUUAUUUUUUCUGUUCGUUCCUUCUAUUAAAUUGUCAGUUAACUUUUUUUUUAAAUGUAAUUUCCCCUACAUAUGCCUUUCAUUUAAAAGAAAAAAAGACAUUCUACUGCUCAAACCAAUUUUGCAUAUCAUUGUUUUACAAGAGACUAUUACUAUUACCUCUGAUAUUACGAUUUACUUCCUGUGGUGAUGGUGGUGGUGGUAAUAGUAGUGGUUUUGUAUAUUUGAUCAACAUUCCAAGUAAAUUUAAUUAUUUAUUUUGUAUUAUUAGCUCUGUUUUGUAAUGGUGAUAAUUUUUUUUAUUAUUUUUAAAUAGUUUUAUUGUAUCGUUUUUGUGACAUUUACUUCAAUGAAAACGGUCCUUUCUUUUCAUUUUUUUUUAAAAUAUGCAUUUUGUAUAAUGUUUGUAUUUUUCUGCGUCAUUGGUUUAACUUUCCUCUGUUUAAUGUGUGUGUGACUGCUCGAAGACUGUGAUGAUAAUUAGUAUACAUUUGGUAGUAGGAAUAAGUAAUUAUAAUAAAUAUUACUGACUAGACUAACCUUAUAGUUCACACUGUUAUAUUGUCUUUUAUAGGGUUUACUUGAUGUUAUUGUGUGAUGAAAUGUACUGAAACUAUCGUAUUUGUAUACACUGGUCUGGCUAACAACCACAUUUAUAAAUUUAUACACACUUUAUUGACCUCAUAUGUUCCUUUAAAAUGUGCUUGAUUAUUUACAGACCUUAAAACUCAGU